CCAGUUGUCUUCCGGAAUAGUGCUACAGUGUAGCCGGUCGUUCACUUUCAUAACAGCUGUAACGUUACGUGUUUACACGCAGCAGUAACGAGUUGUUUUGCCUCUGUAGCUUCUGUCGUAAAUGAAACACGAGAGAAUGUGUCGACGCUGAAAGUUUCGUCUUUACACACGGUGCUGAGGAUGACAGUCCUGAACUUGUCCUUUGCUGCGUGUGGUUUCGUGGGGAUCUACCACCUGGGUGCUGCGGGGGCCUUUCUCCGCCAUGGUGACAAGCUGCUUGGCUCCCUCAGGGCCUGUGCGGGGGCCUCGGCCGGGGCCCUGGUGGCUGCCGUGAUGAUCACAGCUCCUGACAAGUUAGAGAAUUGUAAAGACUUCACAUACAGGUUUGCUGACAGUGUGAGACAACAGCGGUUUGGAGCCGUCACACCAGGAUACGACUUCAUGCUCGCACUGAGGGAGGGGAUAGAGGAGAUCCUUCCCAGUGAGGCUCAUAGUCUGGCCACUGACCGCCUCCACAUCUCAAUAACACACUCUAAAAGCGGCAAGAACCACAUCUUAUCCAGGUUUACCUCCAGGGAGGAGCUCAUAAAGGCUCUACUGGCCAGCAGCUUUGUGCCUGUUUAUGCUGGACUCCAACCAGUGGAAUUCAGAGGACAGAAAUGGAUUGAUGGAGGGUUCACUGACAGCCUCCCGAUUCUGCCCGUGGGACGAACCAUCACUGUGUCUCCCUUUGCUGGAAAACAGGAUGUGUGUCCCGUCCACAGGGGGCGCUUCGACACUCAGCUCAGGCUGGCCAACAUGAACGUCAUGUUCUCCAUGGAGAACAUCAAACGGCUGAACCAGGCUCUGUUCCCUCCAUCCACCAGCAGCAUGCAGUCUUUAUGUGAAGAAGGUUUUAAUGAUGCCGUGAGGUUCCUGAGGAGAGAGGCCUGGAUGAGCUGACAGUCGGAUGUGAUGGAAAGAACUGAAAAACCCAAGUAUUUUUUACGGAAUUAAUUUUAUGGAUUUUACAGUAUUUAUUUCCUGUGAUUUUAAUUUUUCUUAAUGAAAUAAAAUCAAAAUGGUAA